AUGCCGCCGAGCUUGCAUCCUCACUUGAAGCGGGGACUGGACUUUGACGCCUUCCAUGUCGACCCCGAAGACCUCAUCGAAGAACCACCGGCGGAGUACGAGGACCCUGCGCAUAGGGCAGCGAAGCGACGCAGAAUCGAGGCGAUUGCAUCCCGAUACCUACGCGGCCGACCGCCCGUCAUAAUCACAGCCGCGCUGAGAGGGCCUUUCGACAAUGGCUGGAAGAAUCCGUGGACGGAGCCCAUAGUAGAGAAGCGGAGGAUAUCAGGCAAGAACAAUGCGGUAGCGGGCACAAGGAACGCCAGUAGCAAGAAGGUCGCUGCCGGUCGCAACAACACCACCAAACGUAGGAGCAGCUCAAGGCUGAAUGGAGGCAAUGGGAAGGAUGUUGUGGAAGAUGUUGCUCUCCAGAUGGCGUCACCAGAAACAUCCAGAGCUGCCAGGAACGACUUAGACCACCGCGAACACGACGAUAGCCUCGACGAAAUCGAAGUCCCGCCCGCGACAGCACCCUUACCCGACGAUGAUGACGCACCCGGUACCGCAGAACCCUUCAGUACAAACACGAACAAUCGCAUACAAAACCGCUCCCCCAUGACCAACCCGUUCUGGUUGCGCCGCCCUGAGUCAGCACGAGUCGACAUGCGCAAGGCUGCGAAUAGGAAUACCGAUACAUCCCCAACGCGGUCUCGGUCGCGAAACAGCACUUCGCAAACACAAACCCAAACACUGUCAGAGUUACGGCUCAGUCUACCGAAAGCGCCCAUACAGGCUCAGAAGUCGGCUCCGGAGACACCAGCACAAGAGGAGUGGAGAUCAAGCGCCUCAGCUUCGAUGGUCAUCUCUUCGCCGGCGAAGGAUGCUGAUACACAUGGUCAGGCUGAGCCUGAACCAACUGCAAGCCCACCACGUUCGCAACGGACUGUGCCGAUCAUCACUUCUUCAAUGGGCAGUCAAGGAAGGCCAACAAGACAAGACAUACAGCAGUCUGCAGAACGUCUAGGCCGCCAAACACCUGGAUUGUCAUCAGAAGGACAACCAAGGCGCUCAAUUCGUCGAAGAACGCAGAAUGCACCCACGCUUACAGAUGCACAGCGUGGUCCCGUGACCUCGCCUUUGCCGGCUUCUUCAACUGGCAAGCCCCGUAAAAAGGCCAAGCUGAAGCCGAGAGUAGUGAAUUUCGACUCGUCGCCAGAAAAGAUUCCUUCUGCCAAGAAGUCAUGUGCAGAAGACGUCAUCCACAACGACGCCGACGAUAAGCUGCAGGUGGAUCCAACAGACGCAGUUGUGGUCGAUGUACAAGCGUCUCCACAAGUUGAAGGAGAUGCCAGUGUGAUCCAGAAUGAAAACUCUGAACUGCGCACGACCAGUGCAGCCGUUACACCUCUUUCUGCCUUCACUGUCCAGCGAGACGAGCCACUUGCACCCGAGACUAUUCUCCAAGCUCCACCGAUCAGCACGCAAGACCUCUUCGGCGCAGCGUCUCCGUUCGCAUUUAGUACCGUGAAAAAGAAGCCGGAAGAAACGCAAAGAAGCAACUUGAGGUUCGCUUUCAGCCCUAGUGAUGGGGUACUGGGAGCUGACGCGGUCGCUAAGAGCCCCACUCCUACUGCUGAGCGGGUCCCGCUGAAGAACAAGGACAACAUCACGUCGUUUUGGAGCUUCACCACGGACAAAGCUUCCCAAUUAUCUCACGGAUCAUUUGGUGACAGGUCGAAAGGGGUAUUGAAUGAGGUCGGAUUUCCAGCGCUGAACAUCGACACGUCACUUGGCGACUUCGGCCCUACCGGUAGUCUGGAUUUCACAGAUCGCUUUCUUCGCAAUAUAGACGACACUUGA